AUGGGAAAGAUCAUAUUUUACGAAGACAGAAACUUCCAGGGCCACUCUCAUGAGUGCAGCAGCGACAGUGCCGACCUCCACUCCUACUUCAACAGAUGCAACUCCAUCAGGGUGGAGAGCGGCUGCUUCAUGGUCUAUGAGCGGCCCAACUACACGGGCAACCAGUUCUACCUGAGGAGAGGAGAGUACUCCGACAACCAGCGUGCAAUUGGCAUCAACGACUGUGUGAGAUCAUGCCGUAUGAUCCCCCAGCACCGAGGCUCCUACAAGGUGAGGCUGUACGAGCGCUUCGACAUGUCCGGCCAGAUGCACGAGCUGGUGGAAGACUGCCCGAACGUCCAGGACCGCCUCAGCAUGUCCGACUUCAACUCCUCUAAUGUGAUGGACGGCCACUGGCUGCUGUACGACCAACCCAACUACAAGGGCAGAUCGUACUACCUGAGGCCCGGAGAGUACAGGAGGUACAGCGACUGGGGAGGCGUCAGCCCCAGAGUCGGCUCCCUCAGGAGGAUCACUGACUUGAACUGA